UGUUUCCUUGCUACCCCACUCCAUGCAACCUUCUUUCUCCCAUCACCAAAACCUGAGUAUCUAUAACUCCAUCUUUUAACUUUAAUCCACACAUAAAUUAACUCAUCCCACACACAUUCUUCAAAAACAAAACCCACCAUGACUGAUAGGGUUCACCCUUCGGCCAAAACCACCGCCAACGCCGGCCCCAAGCCGACAUUCCCCGCUACGAAAUCCCAGCUUUCCGGCGCCAACCGCCCCACCUACCGCCCCCAACCGCAGCACCACCGCCGCCGCCGUAGUCGCGGAUGUGCCUCCACCCUCUGCUGCUGGCUCCUCCUGAUCCUCCUCUUCCUCCUCCUCCUCGUCGGUGCCGCCGGCACCGUCCUCUACUUUCUCUACCGUCCCCAACGACCCACAUUCUCCGUCACCUCCCUAAAACUCUCUUCCUUCAACCUCACCACUCCCUCCACCAUCAGCGCCAAGUUUGACCUCACUCUCUCAACAACUAACCCUAACGACAAAAUCAUCUUCUCCUACGACCCUACCUCCGUAUCCCUUCUCUACGGCGACACCGCCGUCGCCAGCACCACCAUCCCCUCCUUCCUCCACCGCCAAAGGAACACCACCGUGCUCCAGGCUUAUGUUACUAGCACUGAGGAAGUGGUGGAUAGUGACGCCGCGAUGGAGCUGAAGAGGAGCAUGAAGAGGAAGAGUCAGCUGGUGGCGCUGAAGGUGGAGCUGGAGACCAAGGUGGAGGCCCAGAUGGGCGUGUUCCAGACGCCUCGAGUCGGGAUCAAGGUUCUGUGCGACGGCGUCGCCGUAUCUCUCCCCGACGAUGAGAAACCGGCGACGGCGUCGGCUGAGAAUACGGCGUGCCAGGUGGAUGUGAGGUUUAAGGUCUGGAAAUGGACCGUUGGAUGAUCAGAAGCUUUUAGACAUGCACACGUUUGAUAUUAUAUAUGUUGUGGUUCUUGUGUUUCUUUUUUCUUUUACAUUUUUUUUUUCAUUCUCAUUUGGCAUAUUUUUCUGAAAUUUGUUUACAAUUAAUUGCAUGCUUGUAAUUUGUAAAUGUUACUUCGCGGCAAGGAGCAUGAAUCAGAUUCAAGCUUUAGCGGGACACAAGCGGUGAAUUGUGUCACACACCCUUUUAAAUUUAUUUUAUUUUAAUAUCAUGGCCAUGCUAAUAAUGAAGUUCAUAUAGUGUACACGGACCCUUUAAGUCUUAUUCUUUUCUUUUUCCUACAAAUGAUGUAGAAUUGUACUCGUAAUACCAUUUUUAAUCUUUUUUUUAUGUGCACAUAAAUUACAAUCAUGGUUGGAGUCUGGA